CGCCCCCCGGAGAGUCACGUAGCUCUGCGGCACCCGCAGCCUCAUUAACUCGAGGCGGGGCUGAGGCGCAGCAGUUGCAGACCUGAGUCUGCGCUGCUCCUGUGGCUGCUGCUGGUAACUGGCUGCACACAGAGAGCUGUCACCAUGCCCCACUCAUACCCAGCCCUUUCUGCUGAGCAGAAGAAGGAACUGUCUGACAUUGCUCUCCGGAUUGUGGCGCCAGGGAAAGGCAUUCUGGCUGCAGAUGAAUCUGUAGGCAGCAUGGCCAAGAGGCUGAGCCAAAUCGGGGUGGAGAACACAGAGGAGAACCGCCGGCUGUACCGCCAGGUCCUGUUCAGCGCUGAUGACCGUGUGAAGAAGUGCAUUGGCGGCGUCAUCUUCUUCCAUGAGACACUCUACCAGAAAGAUGAUAACGGUGUCCCCUUUGUGCGAACCAUCCAGGAUAAGGGCAUUGUCGUGGGCAUCAAGGUUGACAAGGGUGUAGUGCCUCUGGCUGGGACGGAUGGAGAAACCACCACUCAAGGGCUGGAUGGGCUGUCUGAACGCUGUGCUCAGUACAAGAAAGAUGGCGCUGACUUUGCCAAAUGGCGCUGCGUGCUGAAAAUCAGUGAGCGCACACCCUCAGCGCUCGCCAUCCUGGAGAAUGCCAAUGUGCUGGCCCGCUAUGCCAGCAUCUGUCAGCAGAAUGGCAUUGUUCCUAUUGUGGAGCCUGAGAUCCUGCCUGAUGGAGACCAUGAUCUCAAACGUUGCCAGUAUGUUACAGAAAAGGUCCUGGCUGCUGUGUACAAGGCCCUGAGUGAUCACCAUGUGUACCUGGAGGGGACUCUGCUUAAGCCCAACAUGGUGACCCCUGGCCAUGCCUGUCCCAUCAAGUACAGCCCAGAGGAGAUUGCCAUGGCCACCGUCACUGCCCUGCGUCGCACUGUGCCCCCAGCUGUCCCAGGGGUGACCUUCCUGUCCGGGGGUCAGAGUGAAGAGGAGGCCUCACUCAACCUCAAUGCCAUCAAUCGCUGUCCCCUUCCGCGGCCGUGGGCCCUCACCUUCUCCUAUGGGCGUGCCCUGCAGGCCUCUGCACUCAAUGCCUGGCGAGGGCAAAAGGACAAUGCUGGAGCUGCCACUGAAGAGUUCAUCAAGCGGGCUGAGGUGAAUGGGCUUGCAGCCCAGGGCAAGUAUGAAGGCAGUGGAGAAGACGGCGGAGCAGCGGCGCAGUCCCUCUAUAUUGCAAACCAUGCCUACUGAGGAGUGCUUACUCCACACUACCGCCCUUGGCCCAGCCAUCUGCACCUACUUUGCCUGUAGUCACGGCCAGGGUCAAAUAGCCAUGCAGAACAGAGAUGCCUUCACCCAGCCCCAAGUCCUUGUCUUUUUCUCUUCUCCCCUCUCCUCUCCCAUUGCUGCACCUGGGACCACAGGACGGGAGAAUAGGAAGCCCCUCAGGUCUGAGGGCAGGAGAGUGGCUAGAAAUCAGAGCAGGAUGCCUGGGUAUUCCUCAGUCUCCCCAGCCCUCAUAAUUUCCCCAUGAUGGUACAGCUUCUCCUUGGGCUAUCGUUGCUGGCCCUUGCUCUAGGAUGAGAAGGAAGUAUAUAAGCCCCGACUCAUGCCUUGAGUAUAUACCAUAUAGGAAAUAAAAGGUAGCAAAACAUGC